AUGGCCUCUUCAAAGACUGUAACUCUUCGGAGUGAGACUGCGGUCUCUCUGGUGGACCCUGAUCAGAGUUUGAAGGCUUCCAAGGCGUUGCUGGCGCAUAUGAAGAAAGCAUCGGAAGAAGCUGCCAAAUCCGAGAAAAGGAAUCUCCUGGCCGAUCCUGAAGACGCUACCAAAGAGUUACCGAUAUGGCUUACUCUUACCACGAAGCGACACAUCGCCGACUCUCGACGCCUUAAACCAGGCAAGAUCGUUGUCCCACACCCUCUCAACACCGAUGCCGAGGCCGCUAUCUGCUUGAUAACCGCGGAGCCCCAGCGCGCAUACAAGAACCUAGUGGCCUCGGACGAGUUCCCGGCGGAGCUGCGAAAGCGCGUGACGCGAGUCAUAGACGUGUCGAAGCUGAAGGCGAAGUUCAAGGCGUACGAGGCGCAGCGCAAGCUUUACAGCGAGCACGACAUCUUCCUCGGCGACACGCGCAUCAUCAACAGAUUACCAGGGAUCUUGGGGAAGACGUUCUACGGGACAACGGCCAAGCGCCCGAUCCCCGUCGAGAUACAGGCUCGCGUGCCGAAGACUGACGGAAAGAGGGUGAAGCGCACGAAGGACGCCGAGAAGCCGAACACGGCUACUCCUGCGCAACUGGCGGGAGAGAUCGAGAGGGCUGUCGGUGCGGCGCUCGUUAACCUGUCACCUACGGUCAACACUGCGGUCCGCAUCGGAAAUGCCAGCUGGACCGCCGAGCAGAUUGCGGAGAACGUCGAGGCGGUAGCGAAGAACCUGGUGGAGAAGUUCGUACCGGGAAAGUGGAAGAACGUUCGGGGCAUCUACAUCAAGGGUCCGGAGACCGUCGCCCUACCUAUCUGGUUGACAGACGAGCUAUGGCUCGACCAGAAGGACAUCGUGGCCGACGGCUCGGAGGAGGCCAAGGCCAUCCUCCCCUCCGAAAAGGCGAACGUAGGCAAGAAGCGGAAGUCGCUCGAAGCACAGCCCGAGGAGGCCGAGCCCGUCGCGAAGAAGGUCAAGAAGACGAAGAAGGUGCCCGAGAGCGACGACACGAAACUGGACAAGGAGAUUGCGGACAGGAAAGCGGCGCUGAAGAAGCAAAAGAAGGCCGCGAAGAAGGCUUUGGAGGUCUAA